ACGGAAGUACUUCCCUUCGACUUCCUGUUUUCAGCAUAGAAGCUCUUUAUUUAGCUAACUCUUUUUUUUCCGUUCUAUUUUAAACAAACUACUGAUUUCUUCUGAAACCCGUAUCUGUCUCACUCUGCAAAAUAAACAAAGACAUACUGGAUAAAAGAGUUUAGCCAAAAAAUAUAAUAAAAUUGACCGGUGUGUAAACUUCAAAUGAGCUCAAUAGUUAGCAUACUAGCUAUCGCUCGUUGAGAUGGCAGCCUCCAUUCCUGGUCCAAUUUCUGCUCCAAUUUUAAGUCAGAAGCAACGCAAGGCUGCUCAGCGCAAAGAGAGGAGACGGAGGAAACGUCAAGCUGUUGCCCAAGCCAGAGAGUCCGAUGUCCAGGGUGAAGCUGAAGAAGAGUGUACAGUUGAUGAGGAAAAUGGGGAGGAUACUGGCUUAACUGAGGAAGAAAGACUACAGUUGCAUAAGGAAUGGCUGGAAAGAGAGAGGCUGGCCCAGGAGGAGUUUAGGUUAAGGGUGGAGAGGGAAGAAACUGCACGCAAAAAAAAGGAAGAAGAAGAGCGGAUGAUAAAGGAGGAAUGGGAGGCCCAGCAGAAGAGAGAACAAGAGGAGAAGGAGCAGAAGCUUCAGGAGAGGCGGGACAGAGAGGAAGCUGUUCAGAAAAUGCUGGAUGAAGCAGAAAAUCAGCUUGAACAUAAAGGACCAUGGAUGAACCCUGAGGCUCCUGUGAACAUGAACUUUGAGAAUUAUGGAACAGAGCGUGAUGUUGCCAACUGUCCUUUCUUUCUGAAGACCGGAGCUUGUCGAUUUGGAGAAAGAUGUUCUCGGAAGCAUGUCUACCCCACAUCCAGCCCGACUCUCAUGAUCCGUGGCAUGUUUAUGACCUUUGGGAUGGAGCAAUUGCGGCGCGACGAUUAUGACAUGGACGCUUGUUUAGAGCACAGUGAGGAGGACCUGCACGAGUCUUUCCUUGAGUUUUACCAUGACGUUCUCCCUGAGUUUAAGAGUGUUGGCAAGGUGGUGCAGUUCAAGGUCUGCUGCAAUUACGAACCACACCUGAAAGGCAAUGUUUAUAUUCAGUUUGAGACAGAUGAUCAGUGCAAGGAGGCGUUAAUGAAGUUUAAUGGGAGGUGGUACGCAGGCAGGCAGCUUCAGUGUGAAAUAUCUCCUGUUACACGGUGGAAGAAUGCUAUAUGUGGUCUGUUUGACAGACGUAAGUGUCCUAAAGGGAAACACUGUAACUUCCUGCAUGUGUUUCGAAACCCUGGCAAUGAAUUCUGGGAGGCAGACAGGGAUCUGCAUCUCUCCCCCAACCGAAACCCCCAGAGCAGUCGCAGAGACGGUUGGUACUCGGAACGAUCCAGAGAACGCUCAUCGAGGUACAGCCGCUACAGCAGAAGCCCAGUUCGAUCGGAGAGGUCUCGCAGCAGACGGGAAAGUGACAGGCACAGAAGCAGGAGCAGGGAGGUUAGGAGCCCCCACCGAGACAAAGGAUCUGCCAGAUCUCGGCACAGCGACAAGGGGGCGGACAGGUAUCGGAGCAGAAGCAGGGAGAGGAGGAAGAGGAGCCGAAGUAGAGACAGGGGGUCUAAAUAUAGGGAUAACAGUGAAGAGGGAGACUGUGGAGAUGAAGAACCUCACACAGAAGCAAGAGCAAAGUUACGAAGUACAAGCAGAGAAAGGAAAAGGAAGAAGCGAAGUAGAGACAGGAGCUCAAAGAAACCAGAUAAAAGUAAGAAAUCGACUGCAGAUGAGAACACACCGAGCUUCCAAAAACGCUCUAAAAAAAGGAAAAAGAGCAAGAAGAAGCACAAGAGGAAAAGCCCGAAGUCUGAUUCAUCUGCAGAGUCCAACACGGAGAACCAGUCUGACGAAGAGGCUGCGGAUCAUCCUUCAGCACAAAGUUCGAGUGAAGACGUCAAUGAAACGGAGACAACUCAGGAGAAAAGUGUUGAGAAUGAUUUAAAUUCUGAGACAAAACUUGAGAGUGAACUGGCUAGAAAUGGCCCCACUUGUGAAUGAUUGUUUUUCAUCUGCAGAUAUGUUAGCCUUUGUCAUGGCGCUGUUUUAGUCAUCCUUUUGUUCUAGAACGUUAUGCAUCCAUCUGGGAAAAGAGGUCCUAUCAUUCUCAGUCUGUAAAAGCACUUUCCACAAUAGAUCUGUGUUAAAACAGUGUUGUUUCAAAUAAAUACUGAAUUACGGCA